UGUAGUUGGGCGAAGUCUGUCAAUAGUGUGGAGUAGUUUAUCACCACAAGCUUUGGCAGAAUUCGGAAACUUCUUCAGAUAAUUCGUCCUUGUAUUCCAUGAGAUGCUUUACUGUUAUCGUUUCUUGAAGUGAGGUGUUCUCAAGUUUCAUUUUCUUGCAAGUGAAAGGACAGGAUUCACGAGUCGAGAUGAGAGACAAGCAGUCACCAGGUGACACAUACAACCAUAAAGAGCAUGUCUACGCCGACCCGGUCGCUCUCCGGAAGGAGAUCGAGCGAGAGAGACAGGAAGAGGAUGCAAAGAGGAAGAAGGCUGCCGAGGAAGAGGUGAAACUCCGAGCAGCUACCCCACCUCCACUCCCCACAGGACCCCGUAAAGGUGCUAGUGGUAGCAUCAUGUACGCUGAGCUAGAGAAGAAGACGAAUAUACCGAGCGUCAGGGAUCUCGGCAGCCGGUUUGGGGGUACCUUGUCCCGUCCCGUUCGACGGCAGAGCGAGGACGACCAGGUACCGCCGCCGGUACCUGCCGUAACAGACACUCGAAAUAUUCUCGACUCAGACUCACCGCCCGUCAGCCCGAGUGCGGUUACAAUAGAUGGGAGCUUAAUGAGUGUUAGCUCUCCACUUAGUGUCAUAGACAAUGACAUGAACAUUUCAACUGAAGACACAAACAAACAACAGGCAAUUUCAAAUGACGGGAAUGCUAACAUUUCUAUUCCUGAAGAAGAGUCAAUGACGCCUAACAAUAAUGAAGACGAAAUAACACAGCAACCAGAAUCUUCCUCCAAUGUGUGUGAAAAUAAGAGCGAGGUCGUCAUCGACGUGAAAAUAAACUCCGAGUUCGGUUUCGACAUCGGAGCUGACAUCCCAGAACUUCGUGAAAACGAAACAAGUGAUGAAAACUGCGGCAUAAAACUUGUGAAAAAUAUACCACGGGAUGCGUUUACCGAGGAGAGCAGCGAAACAGUCCAAUCAUCGGAGAAACCCGUACCAGUUCCAGACGCUAGCUCAGCGGCCAGCAAGGCAGAGCAGGGUUCGGUAGCUGGGUCGGCCGUAGGCAGCACAAACUCGUCCAAGACAAGAAAGAAGAAAGAUGUAGAGUCUGGGAUAGGCUCUGUCAGUCAUCAACGACGGAAUCUUAUCAUUGUAUCAUUGUUUCUGCUCAUUCUACUCAUCUUAAUCUCAGCUGUUGUUAUAUUCCUGCUAGGCCAAAGUUGGAGUCAAAAUUAGUAGACCAAAACCAUUCAAACCGAUACCUCUUUUUCUGAGUCCCACUCUUUAAAGUGAGUAUUAACCCAAUGAACUAAACAGAUUCAGUAUCACUCGAAAUAUUGCGUGGUUUUCCUUUUUACCUCGUCGACUACCACGGUCGGCCAUUUCAGUGGGAGUCAACUAAUGUUUGACU